AACAAGAAAUAAUUGCUGAAGAUACCUCCAACACAAAUGCUGAAUCGGAAGUGGACGAACAGACGGAACUCCUGGAAAAGAAAACGGCACAGGAACUGUUCGACAUGGGAACCCUAGAAUUUAAGGAGAACAAAAACUUCGACGUUGCUGCUGAGAGAUUUUCCAUGGCCGUGGAGAAGAAAGUGAAAGAAUUAAACGCAGAAGGGAGCAUCCACGUCGACUUGCGUGAAUACUACCUAUCCUUUGCUGAUGCCCUGCUGACCAAGGAAGAAGAAAAAAAUGAUCUUUUCGAAUUUUUGAAAAAAAAGAAAAAAAUCGAAGUGUCCGACACGGAGGAGGAUUCAGUUGAGAAGGAAGAAGUCACGGACGAGCAGCUUGCCUUUGAGAUGUUCGAAUUCGCAAGAAAAUGUUACGAACUGCUAGUGGAAGAGAAGAAGGAGGAGAUGUCGAAGAAGGACAUUUUGAAUUAUACCUAUGUGUUUAUUCGCCUUGGGGACAUCAGCUUACUGAACCACUUUUUCGAGGAGGCUUUGAAGGAGUACCAAAAAUGCGUGGAGUUACGGGAGAAGCACAAGGUGGGAGAUGAGAACCUGAUUGCCCCCCUGAUCUCCCUGUCGCAGAGCUACAUGUUCUGUGGAAAGAGAAAAGAAGCAGUGGAUUAUUUCGAAAAGGUAAAGAAAAUCCUGCUGGACGUUAGACAGAAAACCACCCCCCUGCCAGAAAACACGAACGAGAAAAUUAUACGGGACACAUACGACGAUGUACAAAUACAAAUUAAUGACUUGAAGAGACAAAUAGAGGAAGAGGGCGAGGAAGGCACGGCGUUGGGAAGUCAAACUAUUGCCAAGGAGUUGGUGGUCACGACAAAGUCCGAAUUCGACAAGGCAGUGCUGAACAAGGAAAGCAACGAAGUUACCAAAAUCACUAUUUCCACGGUGAAUGAUGACGAGCAGGGAACCAAGAGAAGAAGGAUCAACUUAUCUAAUUAUAAAAAUUAA